AUGUGGCCCAUUUGAAACAGAGCAUCAUUGAAUUAAACUGAAUCAAUCAAAUCGAGAGAGAGAGAGAGAGAGAGAGAGAGAGAGAGAGAGAGAUUGAGAAGCAAUGGGAGCAAUCACAGGCGCAGUGAUAGCAGUGGUAGGAGUUAUACUAGGUUGGAUCACAAUCGAGAUUGCAUGUAAACCUUGUCUUGAACAAGGUCGUCAAGCUAUAGAUCGUAAUCUCAAUCCAGAUUAUGAUCCCGACGAUGAUAACAACGCCGUCACAGCACCACUCAAUCCCACUCCCGCUCCCGCCGCAUCCACCACCGCUAAAACCGUUUCAUAACUUUUUAUCAAAACCUCUCCAUGGUAUUAUAUAUAUAUAUAUAUGUUUGAUUUCAGAAUUGUAUUAAUCUUCGUUCAAAUAUUAUUGUGUUGUUAAUUCAUGUAAUGUAACUAGCUACAAUCUAUAUAUUACUAUUAUCAAUUUAUCUUAAACAAAAAAAAAAAUGAAAAUUGAGUUGGAUUGAAUUAUUGUAUGAUAGAAUUAUCAAAAUGUAGGUAAUGUUGGGGAUUUCCAUUGGAAUUUUAUUACUGGUGGAGUGUGGUUAAUUUAUUA